UUUGUUUGUACUCUCUCGUGAGCGAGCGCAGCUUCGUUACACUCUUCUUCAAGUUCUUCCUCACUCUUCACGCGAUUCUUCACGUUCCUUACACUCUACUUCAUGCUCUUCUCUAUCCACACACUUUUCUUGACGCUUUUAAUGCUCUUCUUCGCUCAUCAGACACUUCCUCACUCGCUUCACCCUCUUCGUGCUCUUCCUCACCCCGUUCAUAGACUUCAUCGCGCUCUUCUCCCUCGGCAGAAAGUCAGCGAGAAAGUGGGCGGCGCCGAAGGAACCAAGCUAGACGAUGACUUUAAAGAAAUGGAAAAGAAAGUGGACGUGACCAGCCGAGCGGUUCUGGACAUCAUGACCAAAACCACCGAGUACUUGCAGCCCAACCCGGCCUCCAGAGCCAAACUCAGCAUGAUCAACACUGUGUCCAAAAUCCGCGGCCAGGAGAAGGGUCCCGGGUACCCGCAGGCCGAGUCGGUCCUGGGAGACGCCAUGUUGAAGUUCGGCCGGGAACUCGGGGACGACUCCUGCUUUGGCCUGGCGCUGAUGGACACGGGCGAGGCGAUGAAGGAGCUGGGCGAGGUGAAGGACGCUCUGGACAUGGAAGUGAAGCAGAACUUCAUCGACCCGCUGCAGAACCUCCACGACAAAGACCUAAAGGAGAUCCAGCACCACCUGAAGAAGAUGGAAGGUCGCCGCCUGGACUUCGACUACAAGAAGAAGCGUCAGGGCAAGGUGCAGGACGACGAAAUCAAGCAAGCGCUGGAGAAGUUUGACGAGAGCAAGGAGAUCGCCGAGCAGAGCAUGUUCAACCUUCUGGAGAGCGAUAUUGAGCAGGUGAGCCAGCUGGCGGCGCUGGUCCAGGCCCAGUUGGAGUACCACAGUCGCACGGCUCAGAUCCUCCAGCAGCUCUCCGGCAAGAUGGACGACAGGAUAAAGCAAGUGUCCAGUAAGCCCAGGAAGGAGUUUGUUCCCAAACCGCGGAUGACCUUGGAGCUGCUGCCACCCAGUGAGAGCCACAACGGCGGCCUCCACUCUGCAAAAUCGCCCGGAAGAUCACCAGCCCCGCUGGACCAGCCGUGCUGCCGGGCGCUCUACGACUUCGAGCCGGAGAACGACGGCGAGCUGGGCUUCAAGGAGGGCGACGUCAUCACGCUGACCAAUCAGAUCGACGACAACUGGUACGAGGGGAUGAUCCACGGCCACUCGGGCUUCUUCCCCAUCAACUACGUCGACAUCCUGGUGCCGCUGCCGCAUUAAGGCCCCGCCGCCCGCACGGCCGUCGCCACGGUGCUGUUUUGGCAUCCUCCUCCUCUUCUUCCUCCUCCUGCGUCUUCUUCUUCUUCUUCUGCUUCGUGCGACUACGUCGACGUCGAGGCUGCGGGAGUCGAGGGGAAGAAGAGCGAGCAAAUGACCACAUGAUGAUGUUUGCCGGCUCAGAGCUCCGCGCCGCCGGGCGGCGCCGCUACCGAGCGGGGUCGCCCCCGUGUGUGUGUGCGCGUGCGUGUGUGCGUGCGUGCAUGUCGUCUUGUUUGCGUCGUUCCUGUCAGGGCGCCGUCGCAUGGCUCUCGCCUCGUCUUCUUUUCCUUCUUCUUACACCACUUCGGGCUGUUUGCAUGAGCUAGCCCUUCUAGUCAGGCAGCAAUGCAUCAUGGGAUCACAGCAAUAAGUUAAAAAGAAAAAGGUUGGCGGUGUUGGGCGGGCUUAGGCGGACACUUCCAAGUUGAGUGUUUUGUGUCGCGAGGCUGCUCGCUGACUUGUUUUCUUUUUUUAUGUGGCUUUUGCAUGCGGGACCGAUUAAUCGAUCGAUCGAUCGAUCGAUCGGUGUUACAUGUGUCACGAGGUCACCGCGGUGCAUUGUGAGUGAUUUAGCGGCAGGCGCAGCAGUCGCCGUGGCUUUAUUAAACUUCACAAGUCGGCUGUAUUCAACCCGAGCGGCAACGCGAAGCGCACGAGUGUACCGUGCCGCGCCGUACGAGGGCGCUCGGUGGCGGCCGAUGUGCUGCAAUGCCGGCGUCCUCAACAGGAACCGGAACAGCGUUCGGCCACCUUAACGGUUCUGUAUUCACUGCCAGCGACGGUCGCUAAUGGCGAAAGUGUUCACAUACUAAGUGAGUAUUUAUUACAGCGGUGGGAAGGAGAGAAGUUCAAAUACUCCCUCACUGUACUUAUGUUAAUUUGUUGUUGUUGUUCACUUCCUACAUUGAAAACGCAGUAGUUAUAACAACAAAGUCAUAAGGUUGUCAAAACACUUAUUACAAUACUACAGUUACUUUUUUCAACCUCCACAGAAGCCGACAGAACGUAAAAUAAGAUGCAAAUAGAGAAAAAGUCAACUUGAGAUCCUGAUUGAUUGAUUGAUUGAUUGAAGUCUCACGAGGGGACAGCAGUGACAUUGAGGAACGCGAACCGGGAAGCAGAAAAUGACGGCAGCGGCAGAAUCGAACAGAGAAUUGUUCCAUGUUGUCGACUUUAAGAAUGAUUUGUGGCCUUGUGUCUUGUGCCAGCCUAAAAACCAGCAACUUCGGCCCUUCAAAAAUUGUCCAUCUCAUCGGAAAAAAAUAACUUAAGUGUAUUUUUUUUUCAGUUGUUAUCAGGAGCUCAUUUCACAUCUUUUGUACCUCAGUUCACAACGUGAGCAAAGCAAUGGGAGCAAGUUGUUUUGCUCUCAUAAAAGUCGAGCUAAUGCUAGCUAGUUUUCGCGAUCGCAUAAAAGCGGAGCCAACGCUUAAGGACACGUCAGUCUGUACUUUUUUACACAAGUUCAGCAAGUAAAUCAGUACUUCUACGUUCACUGGAGUCUUUUUUCUUUAACACACGUACUUCGACUUAAGUGCAGAUUGUGAGUACUUUUGCCGCAAAGCACAAGGUGACGUUUUGAAGAAUGAGUGAUCCUGCCAUAAGUAAAAACACAACCGCUAUCAAUAUGAACAGCUUUUCACGGCGAGGGCAAUAAGAAUGGAUAUUCCAAUAAACUAAUCCACGUUUGUGGGCUGCAUGCUUUGGUGGCCUGACGCUCUGUCGUGUAUACCCUUUCCGAGAGCUUUUACUUCAUGUUGAUUUUGACCUCGGUGAGGGACCCGUGCGGCCUUCGCCGUCACGUCACGUCGCGCAGAGUGACGUACUUGAAGAUGUGCGCUGCGGCAUUUUGCCGGCUGCAGCAGAACCGGUGCGAUCGUGUGACCUCGCUUUGCCUCGCGGCUGUACAAAAUAGCCUCACGCCUACCUGGUGUCUUCUGCCGAGCUACGCGCGUACCUUAUUUAUUGUAUUUAUUAUUUAUUUAUUCCUGUCUUUAUUUUAAAAAAAUUGUUUUACACCUGUGGCGUACAUUGGCGACGCGAGGUGGUCCAAGCUAGCCAGUGUUACUAACUGUUGCUCUCCUCGUAUCGGAUGACAAUGUUAUAAAAGACCAAUGUGUGUAUAUCUGCUUGUUGUGAACGAGACCUGCAAUGUACUGACAAUAAAGGAUAAACACGA